GACUCGAACUAACCAAUCCAUAUUGGAAAGAAAAUGGAGUAAAAGAUUUGAUUUGUUUUUUUGUUUGAGCUUGGUAUUGAUCCUGCAUUUUUGUUCCUCAAAGAUGAUGGUUAGUACCCUUUUUGCUCCUCGGUGACUCGAGCCCACAACCCCAUAUUGAAGGUAUGGAGAGACUCGAACCCAAAACCUCAGGUUUGGAGGUGGAGUUGGACCCCACAAACUUAGGUUGGAAGUGGAGUGACUGGAAUCCGCGACCUCAAGUUUGGAUAUAGAGGUUUGGAGGUGGAGUUGGACCCCACAAUCUUAGGUUGGAAGUGGAGUGCCUCGAAUCCACAACCUCAUGUUUGGAUAUGGAGGUUGACCCCACAAUCCCAGGUUAGAGGUGGAGUGACUCGACCCCACAACCUCAAGUUGAAGGUCGAGCGACUCGACCCCACAACCUCAAGUUGAACGUCGAGUGACUCGACCCCACAAAUUCAGGGGUUGGAGAUGGAGGUGGAGGGUGCUUAUUGUUCGAGUGACCCUUUUGUCAGAAGGAUCGAAAACUUAUGAUUGAAGUUGUUACGAGUUGUGUUGGCGUUGCUUGUGUGAGGUUAGUCGACUGAAAGUGCUAUUGUUGGGACGGUGUUUCAAUGGCCUAUGGUAAUUCAAGAUCGGUAAGAUUCCAAGAUGAUCUUGAAUCGACAAAGUAUGCAACGAUGAAUGGAGAUAAUGUGAUUAAAGUGAAGUACAAGAUUGAUGGAUCGCGAUUACCUGAGCCGCCAGGUAGUAGAAUGAGUGAAAAGGAGCCUGACAGAACCGGAAAAUCCUUGAAGGCUAAAGUGUUAUCGCGGGUAUUCUCAGAAGAUUAUGAAAGAGUGAAGAGAAAGAUACUCGAUCCUCGUGGACCUACAGUUCGUAGAUGGAACAAGAUUCUCUUAGUAGCUUGUUUAAUUGGUUUAUUCGUCGACCCUCUAUUCUUUUACUUGCCGGUGGUCCAAGAUGAAGUCUGCAUAGAUAUAGGAACUAAUCUUGAAAUCGCGCUUACAGUUAUUAGAUCGAUAGCUGAUGUGUUUUAUAUGAUUCAGAUAUAUAUUCGGUUUAGAACUGCUUACGUUGCUCCAUCUUCUCGAGUAUUUGGGAGAGGAGAGCUCGUUAUUGAUUCUUCGAAGAUAGCUCAACGAUACUAUAAAAAAGGUUUCUGGAUUGAUCUCAUUGCUGCUCUGCCUUUGCCGCAGGUGUUGAUUUGGGGGAUUAUCCCUAAUUUAAGUGGCUCAACGAUGGCGAAUACAAAGAAUGUCCUUAGAUUCAUCAUCAUUUUCCAGUAUCUCCCUCGAUUUUAUCUGAUAUUUCCGCUGUCAUCACAAAUAGUUAAGACUACUGGUGUUGUUACUGAAACAGCAUGGGCUGGAGCUGCUUACAACUUGAUGCUUUACAUGUUAGCCAGCCACGUCGGAGGAGCUUGCUGGUACCUACUGUCAAUCGAGAGGCAAGAAGCUUGCUGGAGACACGCCUGCAGUUUUGAGGAACGAUCUUGUGAUUUUGGAUAUUUUGAUUGCCGGAGGGUUAAGGAACCGCUAAGAAGUGCCUGGUUCCGGUCCAGCAAUAUUACAAAACAAUGCGAUCCCAAUGCUAGCGAUUACCCUUUUGGCAUUUACAGCGAUGCCGUGACAGCUAGUGUUACAACUGCUUCGUUUUUCAACAAAUACUUCUACUGCCUGUGGUGGGGUUUGAAGAACCUAAGUUCUCUAGGGCAAAAUCUCACGACAAGCACUUACAUCGGAGAAAUUGGUUUUGCCAUCAUAAUAGCAACUCUCGGCCUAGUUCUGUUUGCGUUGCUGAUUGGAAAUAUGCAGACGUAUCUCCAAUCAACAACGGUAAGAUUAGAGGAAUGGAGAAUCAGGAGAACGGAUACAGAACAAUGGAUGCAUCACAGACAGUUGCCGCAAGAACUAAGGCAGUCUGUACGGAAGUAUGAUCAAUACAAAUGGGUGGCUACAAGAGGCGUUGACGAGGAAGCUCUUAUGAAAGGACUUCCUUUAGAUCUCCGUAGAGAUAUCAAGCGGCAUUUGUGCUAUGAUUUAGUUCGAAGGGUUCCUUUGUUCGAUCAAAUGGAUGAAAGGAUGUUGGAUGCGAUAUGUGAGAGGCUUAAACCCGCAUUAUGCACACAAGGCACUUGUCUUGUACGCGAGGGUGAUCCUGUCAACGAAAUGCUCUUCAUAAUUCGAGGGAAUCUUGAUUCUUACACCACGAAUGGUGGCCGUACUGGUUUCUUCAACUCCUGUCGUAUUGGUCCAGGCGACUUCUGCGGUGAGGAGCUGUUAACAUGGGCACUCGACCCACGUCCAGGUGUGAUUCUACCAUCGUCCACUAGGACAGUAAAAGCGGUAUCUGAAGUAGAGUCCUUCGCGCUAGUAGCAGAAGACUUAAAGUUUGUUGCAGCACAAUUUCGGAGGCUACAUAGCAAACAACUACGACACAAAUUCAGGUUCUACUCGCACCAGUGGCGUACGUGGGCUGCAUGUUUCAUUCAAGCAGCAUGGCGUAGACAUAAAAAGCGAAAGAAUGCAGCCGAGCUUAGAGCGCUAGAGAAUCUAAUCGAUGAAACUGAGCCACUAAACGGACAGUCGGAUAAAAAUGCAGCAUCACCUGGACCAGGAUUUGCAGCAAGAUUGGCAACAAGUAGAAGAGGUCAUCACAAACACACAAGUUCAGAUGGAGUUAGCUCACUACAAAAGCCUGCAGAACCUGAUUUCUCAGUAGAUGAAGAGUAACAGUCUAAGUUGCUCGGAAUCUCCAAAAAUGUUGCCGCACUCAUGUCGGAUCCUUCAAAAAUACACUACUUUCGGAGGAUCCGACACGCCUCCGUCGACAUCUUUGAAGAGUUCGAGUAACAUAGGAGUAACUUAAAAGGAGCAAAUAUAUCAUAUGAAUAUAUACAAGUAUACAAAAUUGUUAGAGGUGCUUUAUAUGUACAAUUAGGAUUUUCAACAUAUUUGUUUAAACUUUUGAGUUAUAGAAACCAUCUUAUUGUUGCUGUAUAAAAAGAAUGUGUAGUAAAUGAAAUGAAGCAAGAACUUGGCUUCAAAAA